AUGCAAGCUCCACCAUUCGUUGCCCGCGUCGACUCCCGUGUAAGUCGCAACGCAACCGCACUACACAAUGGUACCGACGCGAACACCACAGGCGACGUCGUAAUCAACAUGGGUGACUUGACCACGACCAAUCUUACCAAUAACAAGGAUACGCUAUUUGGCCCGAGCAUUGGCGUUGUCAGCACUGCCCCGGAAUGGUGCACUGCUGAUGCCGCGCUCGACGAGAAGACAUACAACAGUGAGAAAGAGAUAAAUGAGAAGGAUGAUGAAAAGAGAGAGGACGUUGAUGAGCUGACGCCGGAGGUUGUCAAGGAGUGGCCAUCGGAACCAACGACAACCCUUCAAGCGCUUGUGAACCUUAAGCGCCCUUCUAUCCGUCUUUCCCCACUUGCAGCGCCUUCCGAGCCCUCCACAUCAAACGCCGACGAAUCCGGAGAUGCCACUUCCAAACAUCACCAACAGCAUGGCCUCGAAUUUGAAUUUGACUGUGACGCUCCGCAGUGCUUGAUUUCUUUGCAUGUUGUUGGUGUACCAGCUCACCUUGGCGAGUCGGAGGAUAACUUGCACAGUGCUGCUAAAGACAAGGAGCGAUUAGUACUUUUCGAGACAACUCUUCCGGGCGGUUUUGCGCGCAAGUUAGCGCUAUCAGAGGGUGCAACUCUCGAACUCGCACGAUUGGAGGCCGCGGCGCGCGGUUAUCGUGCUCAACUCGCGGCAGCCACGGCGCCCGCGAGGGGUUCCGACGGAAAGCCCGAAGGCUCCAUCACAAACACUACUCCAGCCGCGGACAAUGGACAUGAACGUGAACAGCGCAAGAAGCGUCUUACGUUCUUCCGCAAGAAGGGCAGUUCGCACACACAACAUUCCACUUCUAAUACACAGCCGGCGCCGGCGCCAGCUGUGCCUUCGGGACCUGCUCUCGCGGUCGUCGACGCGGAGGCUCCUCAUAAUGAACCUCAGGGGUCGCUGUCUCCACAGAACCAGAAUGCGCUUACGACUUUCUUCGCGGGUGGUGAUGCUGAGAAAGCGAAGCGCAAGAAAGAAGCUGAUGAAGAUGGCGUGCGGAUUGCGAUUCGCCUUGCAGCGCGCGAUGCUGACGGACACGCGCUGAAAGUACGCAACGAGCAGGUCACGUAUUUGCAUAUUGUUAGGCAGGGAACUACUCCCGCUACUGCUACCGGUGACAACGCAGCGGCUUCUAGCGGAGAGGCAGCUGCUACACCCGCGAACGGUGAGCAAGAAAACAACACACAGGCCGCACGAGAUGAGGAGGGCAAGGAAAAAGAAGAUACCCGAUCAUGGAUAGUCCGCGUGGUGAAGCGCGAGGCUCGAAUCGGUGCACACGCAUUCCAACUUCACGAGAUCUACGGUCUUACCGCACACGCUUCUGCCUCCGAAGCUACUCACAGCGUUACUCCCUCCUCACCCCCUCCUGCUUCUGAGUCACAUACCUACCCUCCGCAGCCACAAAUUCUGAAUGGAGCCGGAUCUGAGGCGGAUGACAGUCCUGCGGAAUGUUUACUCUGUCUGAGCUCUCCGCGCGAAGUUGUACUCCUUCCAUGUCGCCAUCUUGUCGCAUGCCGCGAGUGCGCGGUUAACAUGGUUGAGUUUGGUGCAGGUGGUACGGUUACGCAGCCUGAAGCGGAGGUACCCGCCGCUCCUGCACCAGCUACUACUGGAGAUGCAGCAGGUGAAGGAGCUAACGGAACUCAAGGGGAUCAACCAUCUACUCCUGCACCUGCCCCAAUGCCUACUCCGACUCCGGCGAUUCGUAGGAAGAGAAAAGCAAAGGGUUGGUUCUGCCCCGUAUGUCGUCAACCAUACACGAGUUUAUUACGCAUUACUACCGCCCCACCGCCGACAAAGGGUGCAGGCACAGGGCACGCCACUACAGGCGACACUUCAGCAGACGCGAAGCGCGUCUCACUCGCUUCGUCGCUCACUUCUUCUCCCUCACCACUCAACGAACAGCCACCCCACCCUCUUGCAAACACCCCCGCCCUGCCGCCUGUGGCGGUGACCACGCCUAAUUCGGGUGCAGCAACGCCUGCACCGAAUGCUACUGAAGAAGGCGGGAUGGAGUUACGAGGAGCGUUUGCGAGUAUUGCGAGGCCUGGGUUCUUGAGGGGACUUUCUGGACGGGCGGCGAGCACUGCGAGUAGGGAGCGGGAUUUGGAGCGAGGGGCGUAA